AUGCACCUGGACACCGUCCCUCUCAGCUUCAUCUACCUUCUCCCUUCCUUUAGGAAAGGAUUAAGGUCUCAAGGCGGUGAGGAUCAGGGCGCCAAGAUGGCCAGAGGGAGUUCGGGUCCAUGGUUUGUGCUCUGGGUCUGCUUGGUGCUGGCGGUGGACUUCGGCGAAGGGCAGGAGAAAAAACCAUUCGGUGAAACGUGCCUGGAGGACUUUACGGCAGGGAUGCCAGAUUUGGUGCUGGAUACAGACGCCUCCGUCCAGAAUGGAGCCACCUUCUUGUCAUCCCCCAUGGUCCAUCGGAGUAGGGACUGCAUGAGAGCCUGCUGUAAGGACCCUGCUUGUAACUUGGCUCUCGUGGAGCAGGUCCCGGGCACAGAGGAAGACCACAUCCAGGGCUGCUUUCUCCUCAACUGCCUCUACGAGCAGGCUUUCGUCUGCAGAUUUGCCAGGAAGAUCGGCUUUCUCAACUUCUUGAGGAAGGAUGUGUACGAUUCCUACCUGGCGAUGCAGGAUCACAGAUCUAGUGAUGACCAUCCUCCAACAGCCCGCACUGGCAUGGACAUGAGGGUACAGCCAGGGGAGCCAGUGAUGCUGAGAGGCACAGAGAGCACGGAUGACCGAGGGAUAGUCAGCUAUGAAUGGAAACAGAUCCUUGGCGACCCCUCCGUGGAGAUGAAGAAGCACGAAGAAGAUCAGGUAGAAAUCUCCAACCUACAGGCGGGGACUUACGUCUUCCAGCUUACUGUCACAGACACUGCACAACAGCAAGACUUCACCAACAUCACCAUCAUGGUGCUGAAUUCUGAGCAGACUGAAGAGCAUUGUUUGACUCCUAAGAAGGUGGGUUGGUGUCGGGGAUCUUUUCCACGUUGGUUUUACAACCCAAGCCUUCAGCAGUGUGAGGAGUUCAUUUUUGGCGGCUGCAAGCCCAACAAGAAUAACUACUUGCAGGAAGAGGAGUGUAAACUCGCCUGCAAGAAUGUUAGAGGCUCUGUUGGUGGGCGACAACAGCCAGUGUGCAAUGGGAACUGUCAGUCCCCCUUCUUCAGAUGCAAGGAUGGCUGCUGCAUUGAUGCUUAUCUGGAGUGUGAUGAAACUCUCGACUGUGCUGAUGGAUCAGACGAGAUGUAUUGUGAACAAUAUGCUCGUGAGUUCAACAGACUGCAGAAAAUCAAUGUCACACGUAAACAAGAUCACUGUGUGGACUUGCCUGAUACUGGACAGUGCACCGAGAGCAUCCCCCGCUGGUACUAUAACCCAUUCUCUGAGAAAUGUGACCCCUUCACCUAUGGGGGCUGUGGUGGCAACGACAACAACUUUGAAGAAGAGGAAGAGUGCAUGAAAUCAUGUUCAGGCAUCACAAAAGCAGAUGCCAUUGGCCGCAGAUGGGAAUCAUUUGAGUCUCAAAGUGCUAUCUUAAGUGCCUUUGAGGUCGUGAUUGCCGUGCUCCUCGGGAUCUGCAUCAUGGUGGUCCUGGCGAUCAUCGGCUACUUCUUCCUGAAGAACAGGAAGAAGAACAGCCGCCGCCGUCAGCCGACCACUGCUACCAACUCAACCCUCUCCACCACAGAGGACACUGAGCAUCUGUUUUACAGCAGUGCCACAAAACCAGUCUGACCUACAGCCUCUCUCUCUCCAGCCCAGCACUGGGCCACUCCCCAAAGCUUCUGGAGUUCUGUUUUUAGACACGGGCCUGUGCCUGAAGGACUCUUUCUCUUCGAAGACAUUUGUAGCACCAGGCCAAGAUCUAGCCAUGAUUUGGCAGUACUAGUGUUUGUGAUUGUCUUGGCUAAAUGGCUGCUCUGGAAAGUGAGGAUCUGGGAGCAUUUUGAUGCGCUCUGAUGUCUAUCCCUUCCUAACCUCAAACAACCCAGUGAACCUCUGAAUUACAUCUUUCUUCCUGCUCAAACCCAGAGCACAACUCCACUCAACUUACUGAAGGACCCUGGGACUGGAUCUGUGUAGCAUUCACAUUGGUGAAUGGUGCAAGCUGACCAGAGCCAGCAAUUUUUUAUUUGCAGUGCCACUUUCUUCUACCCAACCUCGUAUUUUUCUCCGUUUCCCCCAGUCCUCUGCAAGGUGGCCCUGCCUCCCAGCAGUCCUCCUGGUCAUGGUGAGCCUCUUGAGGACUGUGAGAUUCACAUAACCAUCCAGACCUGUUCCAAGGGCUCUGUGACACCCUCCGGUGGUUCCUGUUUUCGAGAUGGAAGGAAACAGAAAUACCUGCUUUAAUCACUAGGCUUUGCUUUUUAACAGAAAAGCACACCUAGUUUUUUUUCUGCCUGGCUGACAUGUUACAGCCUCCUAUGUACAGUACGUGUCCACCAUUUUCUCUCUGUGAGUUGCCCUGGUUGCUUUUCCAGUGCUCAGUCUGAACCCAAACACAUUGAGAAAAUAUCUAUUUAUUCUCACAUGAAAGGAAAGGAAAUGUCCCUACUUUCCCUGCUGAUGGUGAGGGGAGGGUGGAAGGACCCAGCUCCCUCACAGUUGGACCUUUGCUGCAGCUUUGAUUUUACUGCGCUCUCCUCCACGCACGCAGCCUGACCUGAGUCCCUGGCAUCUCCCAGAGCACAGGAGUGGGCUGGAUACCACCAGCUAAUGUCCUCGGGCUUCCUUGCUCCUGCUGGCCCGUCCCUCCCGGUGCAAGAUGAGCCCAGCCCUGGGAGGCCCAGAGCUCAUCCCUGGCCCCAUGGCAGUGUGUGACAUCCCCACUUCGAUGAGGUCCCCUGUGUUCCCCUGUAGGCUGUUUGCAGUGAGGUGCUUCCCAGAUCUGUACUGCUGCAUCUCUGUUGUCCAGGCUUGUACCUCUGGGAGCUGAGGACUUCUGUUGGGGGCAAAAGCUGCUAUUUCUGAAGUGCCUGGUACGCUUUGUCGGCUGUGGGGUUGGCACCAAUCCCCAAACUCCCAGUGCCUGCUGCUCUUGGAAAACUGCUGCUGUGAAGAGAGAGGAAAUCAGUGCAUGUGUGUUUGCGCGUGUGUGCGCGCGUAUGUGCGUGUGUGUAAGAAGCAUAAAUCUAUGUACAGACUUCAGUUUAAAUGCUUGGACCCUUUCAGGGCCGAGGGCAGAGUGGCUCUGGAAGGCUCUGGUGAAGCCAUGCCCAGCUCAGGGCACGGCUCAGGUCCUCUCAAGUGCAGCUCCAGGACAGCUGCCUCGUUGGGCUGAUGCCUGGGCUGGAAGGGAAGAAACUGCUGCCCACAGCCUGCUGGCAAUCUGACUGCACACUUCUCCCCAUCAUGGGCAUCUGCCUCAGUAUCCCUGGGGCUGGUCAGAUUCCUCCAUGGCUUUUCAUGAUCUGUCUCGUAUCAUUUCUUCCAUCUCUUUGUUUUUCCCACAGCCUACCAUGGCCUAUGCAAUAAACCUAACAUCUUGAUUUAUUUUUUUGUGCGGUCACUCUGAUAAUAAA